AUGACUACCACUCAGCCUACCACGACAUUCUCGACAAUCAACACUGACGUGCAGAACUACCUCGCCAAGUUCCUCGACAAUGAGUCGCUACUCAGUAUGCGGCAAGUCGACCGCGAGGCAUCCCGCAAUGUCGAGUCUCAGUUCAUCAGCAGGUUCUUCAUCGAGCGCGAGCAUCUGGUUACAGUACACAGCAUGCGGGCCUUGGCCGAUCUCACCACGGUACCAUUUCCUGGAUUUGUCUCCGAGUCGUGCUUCGGCUUUGCAGAUUUACACCGUCGUUUCCCAGAGGAGCGUCUGAUACCCGGAGAGGAAGAUCAGAUCUUGAUGAUGCUUCUUACCUCAGUCGCUGAAACUUCAUUCGAGAUGCAAAAGCUCACCAACCUCUGUCUCACCAAGAACAUGAUGCUGAACAGCAUUGCCCCUAUCGCGCUGAAGGUCUACCCUGCCCUAUCGACUCUCAAGAAACUCUGCCUGGCGGUGGAUGAGGAGUCCUUCAUCGAUGACGACCACGGAAUAGCCGCCUUCCUUGCAGCAGCACCGAAUGUGACCGAGCUCGAGCUCGUGGCGCCUGAGGCUGAGUGCUUCAACACGGUAUUCGACAACCACGCACUCGAGUCUCUCACUCUACGAGACGUCUGCGGGUACCCCGAGCUGUACGAAGGCUUGCUAGGGCCACACCAAGCUAGUUUGAAGAGACUUUGUCUGCACAACUCGACGGUGAUGUUUCCCAAUGACUCCUGGUCUAAUGUGCUUCGCUACAUUAGCGAGCAUUUCACACUUGAGGAGUUGGAGUUCCGGGAGCUGAACCGUGGGAUCUAA